UGUGUCGGUGUGUGUGUGUGUCGGUGUGUGUGUGUGUGUGUGUGUGUGUGUGUGUUCGGGGGGUAAUAAAUGUUUAAAAGCUCAUAAAUACAGAUCAGAGUGAAAGCGGGAAUAAUUAAUGCCGGUGUCGGGAGGAGGAGGAGGAUGAUGAAGAGCAGCUGUUUCUCUGUAAUCUGGCCUCUAAUCUCAUGUUCUGCUCCGUCACUCAGCCUGGAUUCCAGCGCUGCUGGUUCCGGGAGGUUCGGCGGCUCCAUUUUCUGAAGCCCAGAGCAUGACGGAGCCUCCCCCGGCGGGCCGGUGACCCCCGGUCAGUGCUGCGUGUUUGGGUUGUGUGUACCUGCUGGUCUGGGUCAGAUCGGCUCUUUCCGUCCUAAUUGAGCGUGAGACCGCAGCGGAGCCAAUAACAGGCCUCCUGCUCUUCCUCCUCCUCUUCCUCAGCGGCUCCGGUAUAAAGGCCCCCCCACUCUCCCUCAGCUCGGUUUUCCUGCAGAACCUCUCGACUCCUGCCAGCGCCUCCCGGGCUGCAAGCGGCUGGAUCUUCUUCACCGGUGAAUCCAGACCGGGAGCUUCCGCCCAACUUCCGCUCCGCCGCCCCGGUCCUCCUCUCCCCCGCCGCCAUGGGCUCCGUGCUGCCCGCCGGUUCCUCUCUGGCCCUGAAGCCGCAGCAGCCGCUCUCCCUGGCGGACAUCAUCACCUCGGACAUCCUGCACAGCUUCCUGUACGGCCGCUGGAGGCACGUGCUGGGCGAGCAGCCGCCGCACGCGCAGCAUCACCUGCAGCACGAGGAGCGAACCGGGCCGAGCGCGAGCCCCAGGACCGCCUUCACGGCCGAGGUUCUGGCCCAGUCCUUCUCCGGAGAGGUCCAGAAGCUGUCCAGCCUGGUUCUGCCCAGCGAGGUCAUCAUCGCGCAGAGUUCGGUUCCGGGAGAAGGACUCGGGAUUUUCUCCAAGACCUGGAUCAAAGCCGGAACCGAGAUGGGUCCAUUUACCGGCCGCCUGGUCUCACCGGAACACGUGGACCUGUACAAGAACAACAACCUGAUGUGGGAGGUGUUCAAUGAAGACGGGUCGGUCCGGUUCUUCGUGGAUGCCAGCCAGGAGGACCAGCGCAGCUGGAUGACGUACAUCAAAUGCGCCCGGAACGAGCAGGAACAGAACCUGGAGGUGGUUCAGGUCGGCAGCAGCGUUUUCUACAAGGCGGUGGAGACCAUCCCUCCGGACCAGGAGCUGCUGGUCUGGUAUGGAAAUUCCCACAACACAUUCCUGGGAAUUCCUGGGAUUCCAGGCGCCGACGAGGAGCAGGGAAAGAAAACCAAACCCGAUGACUUCCACACCUGUGAAGGCUCCUCUUCCUCCUCCUCCUGCUCCUCCUCUUCUUCCUCCGCUUCCUCCUCCAGUCUAGGGCGCAUGCGCUGCGUCAUCUGUCACCGCGGCUUCAACUCCCGCAGCAACCUGCGCUCGCACAUGCGCAUUCACACUCUGGACAAGCCGUUCGUCUGCCGCUUCUGCAACCGCCGCUUCAGCCAGUCGUCCACGCUGCGGAACCACGUCCGGCUGCACACCGGCGAGCGGCCCUACAAGUGCCACGUCUGCCAGUCGGCCUACUCGCAGCUGGCCGGGCUGCGCGCGCACCAGAAGAGCGCGCGGCACCGACCCAGCGGGGACGCGGGCGCGCAGGUGGGCGGCGUGGUGGUGGUGGGCGGUCCGGGGGUCCACUCGCCCCCGCCGGUUCACCCCCCGCAGCUGACCGCGGUGCCUCACCCCGCCUCCCUGGUUCAUCACAUCCCCGCCAUGGUGCUGUGAGCCAAUCAGGGCCGGCCACGUGGUCAGCUGAUCAAUCACCGAACACAAGCUGACCGAAGAUUUCUGCACAAACACAGGUCCAGUUGGUGUUGAUGAGCCCGGUUCUGUUCGAAGAUUAAAAGUCCAGAAACAUCAAACGACGAUCAGCCGAUAAAAUCCUAGAAACCGAAUAAAUAAACUCGGUGGUUUAUUGAUUAUUAAUUAUUUCCUAUAUUUAUCAGACACUCAGAGUUCGGACCCGGUUCCGACCGCCCAGCUGCAUGAUGACCCAUGUUCUGUUGAUGUCGUGUUUGCAUUGCAUGCUUCUGGUUCCUGUUAAAGGUUGUGACGUUACAGAGACAGAACCUCAGGUCCAAACAUUGGAGGCUGUCUGGAGCUUUAAAUGUUCUGAAUAUUAAUGUGAAGAAAAGUUCUGUCGGGUCUCCAGGCUCGGAUUCUCCGGCCAGAACCUUUGAGACGUUUUGGCACGAAGUUACUGGACGUCGGUUCUGAAACGGUUCAGCUUGUGGAAGAACAUGAGAUGUGCUUCAUGGACUGAACUCUGCUGUCACUUUAUUUCAUUAAAUGUAUCAAACUUUAAUCUGAACAUACAGGAAGUUCUGACUAUAAACCUCUAGAAAGUCUUAAUAAAGUUUUUCUCCUGAA